CCAGGAAAUGUGAGGCGCGAUGGGAGCCUAGGCAGGGCGAGUGUGAGCACCAGCACUGGAAGUGACAGCAGGCAGAGAGGAGCUCGGAGCGCUGUAUCCGCUGAUUCCGGCGAGGAGCCAAACAUGGAACGCUGCCGCCGGGCACCCCCUGGCACACCGCUCCUCCUCCUGGCCCUGCUGCUCCUGAGCCCGAGGAUGGCGCGCUCGGAGGAGGACCGCGAGGGGCCGUGGGAUGUGUGGGGGCCAUGGAGCGAGUGCUCGCGCACCUGCGGGGGCGGCGCCUCCUACUCGCUGCGCCGCUGCCUCAGCAGCAGGAGCUGUGAAGGAAGAAAUAUCAGAUAUAGAACAUGCAGUAAUGUUGACUGCCCGCUGGAAGCAGGGGACUUCCGGGCUCAGCAAUGCUCCGCUCAUAACGACGUCAAGCACCACGGCCAGUUUUACGAGUGGCUUCCUGUGUCGAACGACCCUGACAAUCCAUGUUCGCUCAAGUGCCAAGCCAAGGGGACAGCCCUGGUUGUGGAACUAGCGCCCAAGGUCUUAGAUGGUACCCGCUGCUAUUCCGAGUCUUUGGAUAUGUGCAUCAGCGGUUUAUGCCAAAUUGUUGGCUGCGACCACCAGCUGGGAAGCACCGCUAAGGAGGAUAACUGUGGGGUCUGCAACGGAGAUGGGUCCACCUGCCGGCUGGUCCGAGGGCAAUAUAAAUCCCAGCUCUCUGCAACUACAUCGGAUGACACCGUGGUUGCCAUUCCCUAUGGAAGCAGACAUGUUCGCCUUGUCUUAAAAGGACCCGACCACUUGUAUCUGGAAACCAAAACCCUCCACGGGGCUAAAGGUGAAAACAGUCUCAGCUCUACGGGCACCUUUCUUGUGGACAAUUCUAGUGUGGACUUUCAGAAACUUCCAGACAAAGAAAUACUGAGAAUGACUGGACCACUCAUGGCAGAUUUUAUCAUCAAGAUCCAGAACUCAGGGCCUGCAGACAGCACUGUCCAGUUCAUCUUCCAUCAGCCUAUCAUCCACCGCUGGAGGGAGACGGACUUCUUCCCUUGCUCAGCCACCUGUGGAGGAGGUUACCAGCUGACAUCAGCCGAGUGCUACGAUCUCCGGAGCAGCAGGGUGGUGGCUGAUCAGUACUGUCACUAUUACCCGGAGAACGUCAAGCCCAAACCCAAGCUUCAGGAGUGCAACUUGGACCCUUGUCCAGCCAGUGACGGAUACAAGCAGAUCAUGCCUUAUGACCUCUACCAUCCCCUUCCUCGGUGGGAGGCCACCCCAUGGACCGCGUGCUCCUCCUCGUGUGGGGGGGGCAUCCAGAGCCGGGCAGUUUCCUGUGAGGAGGAGGACAUCCAGGGACGGGUCACCUCAGUGGAAGAGUGGAAAUGCAUGUACACCCCUAAGAUGCCCGUCGUGCAGCCCUGCAACAUUUUUGACUGCCCUAAAUGGCUGGCACAGGAGUGGUCUCCGUGCGCGGUGACAUGUGGCCAGGGCCUCAGGUACCGUGUGGUCCUCUGCAUGGACCACCGAGGAAUGCACACAGGAGGCUGCAGCCCAAAAACGAAGCCCCACAUAAAAGAGGAAUGCAUCAUACCUACUCCAUGCUACAAACCCAAAGAGAAACUCCCAGUGGAGGCCAAGCUGCCGUGGUUCAAGCAAGCCCAAGAGCUGGAAGAAGGAGUUGCUGUGUCCGAAGAGCCCUCGUUCAUCCCAGAGACCUGGUCGGCCUGCACGGCCACCUGUGGUGUGGGGAUCCAGGUGCGAGUAGUCAGGUGCCAAGUGCUCCUGUCUUUCUCGCAGUCCGUGGCUGACCUGCCUGCUGAAGAGUGCGAAGGGCCCAAGCCACCAUCCCAGCGUGCUUGUUAUGCAGGACCGUGCAGCAGGGAGGCACCUGAAGUGGACACGGCCACGGACGGGCUCAUGGACAACCUGCAGGAUCUCACCAUGCUGUAUGACUGGGCAUAUGAAGGCUUCACCGAGUGCUCCCAGUCAUGUGCAGGAGGUGUCCAGGAGGCUGUGGUGAGCUGCCUGAACAAAGAGACUCGGGAGCGUGCUGAUAUGACCCUGUGUGUGACCAGCCGCCGGCCCCCACAGCACCUGAAACCAUGCAACUUGGACCCCUGCCCGGGAAGGUGGGAAACUGGCCAGUGGAGUCCAUGCAGCCUCACCUGUGGGGUCGGCCUGCAAACCAGACACGUCUUCUGCUCCCGCCUGCUCUCCGGGGAGCUGAGUGAGAGGGUGACCCUGGCUGACCCGCUGUGUCCGGGCCCCAAGCCCAGCACAGUGCAAGUCUGCAACCGCUUCGACUGCCUCCCGGCCUGGUCCCCCGAGCAGUGGCAGCCGUGCUCCAGGACCUGUGGAGGGGGUGUUCAGAAACGGGAGGUUCUUUGCAAGCAGCAAAUGGCAGAUGGAAGCUUCCUGGAGCUCCCUGACACCUUCUGUUCUGCCUCCAAACCAACGUCCCAGCAAGACUGCCAGAAAGAAGACUGCCCCAGUGAGUGGCUUCUCUCAAACUGGACAGAGUGUUCCACCAGCUGCGGGGAGGGCACGCAGACACGAAGCGCUGUCUGCCUGAAGGUGCUGCAGACUGGGAUCUCCACUGUGGUCAGCUCCAGUCUCUGCCCCCCGCUGCCCUUCUCAUCCUCUAUCAGGCCCUGCAUGCUGGAAGCCUGCGCAGGCCCCAGCCGCCUGCCCACCAGGCCCGGGCCGCUUAUCGCGGCGGCGCGGAACGUGUACGUGCAGACACGGCGGCAGCGCAGGCUGCACUUUGCCAUGGGCGGCGUGGCCUACCUGCUGCCGCGGACGGCCGUGGUGCUGCGCUGCCGCACGCGUGGGCCGCCCCGGCCGCCACUGGCGCUCACGUGGGAGAAGGACGGCCGGGCCCUUGCCAGCUCGGCGCACGUCACCGUGGCACCCUUCGGCCAUCUGAAGAUCCACCGCCUGCGGCCCUCGGACACCGGUGUGUACACCUGCUCGGCCGGGCCUGCGCAGGAGAGCUUUGAGGUCAGGCUCAUCGGGGCCCCGGGGCGCGAGGCAGGCGAGGGGCCCAGCCCCGGCGGCCGCUAUGAUGACCUAGUCUCCGGGCUGCUGGCGCACGCGGGCUGGCCCGAGGCGCUCCUGGCCUCCACGGAGCUGCAGGACUCAGCUGUGCAGCGGAACGUGUCCUCAGAGCGCGCUAGCGCCGCGCAGGCCCUGUUGCGGCUCCCCGGCACCCUGGUGGCCGAGCAGAAGCGCCUGGACGAUGUCCUCAGGAACCUGUCUCAGCAGCCCAAGGCGCUGCGCGAGCUCCACCGCCAGCGCCUGGUGGCCCAGCUGGCCUGGGACGUCUUCCGCAGCCGCCCCCGAGCCCAGGACGGGCCCCGGAGGCCCUCAGAGCAGCGUCUCCCUGCAGCGAGCGCCUUGCUUGGCCAAGGCCUGGGCAGGCCCCCCCGCAAGCCCACCAUCCUGCGGAAGAUCUCUGCAGCCCAGCAGCUCUCGGCCUCUGAGGUCGUCACCCACCUAGGGCAGACUGUAGUCCUGGCCAGCGGGACCCUGAGCGUGCUGCUGAAUUGCGAGGCUGUGGGUAGCCCGAGGCCUACCAUCAGCUGGGCCAGGAACGGGGAGGAGAUUCGCUUCAGUGACAGGAUUCUUCUACAGCCAGAUGAUUCCUUGCAGAUCUUGGCACCAGUGGAAGCUGAUGUGGGAUUCUACACUUGCAAUGCCACAAAUACCUUGGGGUCUGACUCCGUCUCCAUUGCAGUCACAUUAGCAGGAAAGCCACUGGUGAAAGCAUCGCGGAUGACUGUGACCAACACGGAGAAGCCUGCAGUCACCGUGGAUAUAGGAAGCACCAUCAGAACAGUGCAGGGAGUGAAUGUGACAAUUAACUGCCAAGUUGCAGGUGUGCCUGAAGCUGAAGUCACCUGGUUCAGGAAUGAAAGCGAGCUGGGCUCCUCUCACCAUCCGAACGAGGGCUCCUUGCUGCUCAUGCAGGUGUCCUCCCUGGACCAGGGCCUGUACUCCUGCAGGGCAGCCAACGUCCACGGAGAGCUGACGGAAAGCACCUGGCUCCUCAUUCUCGAAGCUCCCCAGGUCCCCACACAAUUGGAAGAUAUCAGGGCCUUGCUUUCAGCCACUGGCCCGAAACUUCCUUCGGUCCUGACAUCUCCUAUGGGAGCACAGCUGGUCCUGGAUCCUGGGAAUUCUGCUCUCCUUGGCUGCCCCAUCCAAGGUCACCCCACACCCAACAUCACCUGGUUCCACGGCGGUCAGCCAAUCGCCACCACCGCAGGACUGACGCAUCGCACCUUAGCAGCUGGACAGAUCCUGCAGGUCGGGAAUCUCAGUGUCGGGUCACAAGGAGAAUUUAGCUGCCUGGCUCAGAAUGAGGCAGGGUUCCUCACACAGAAGGCAUCUCUAGUGGUCCAAGAUUACAGGUGGUCUGUGGACAGGCUGAUGACCUGCUCAGCGUCCUGCGGUAACCGGGGCGUCCAGCAGCCCCGGCUCAGGUGUCUGCUGAACAGCACUGAGGUCGACCCGGAGCACUGUUCGGGGAAGGUCCGUCCUGCUGUGCAGCCUGUCGCCUGCAACCGGAGGGACUGCCCUUCUCGGUGGAUGGUGACCUCCUGGUCUGCCUGUACCCGGAGCUGUGGCGGAGGCAUCCAGACCCGCCGGGUGACCUGUCAGAAGCUCAAGUCCUCUGGGUUCUCCACGCCCGUGCCCAUUGACCUGUGCAGCCAGCACACCAAACGCCCUGUGGACACCCAGGCCUGUAACCAGCAGCUGUGUGUGGAGUGGGCCUUCUCUAGCUGGGGCCAGUGCAGCGGGCCUUGUGUAGGGCCGCACCUGGCCAUGCAGCACAGACAGGUGUUCUGCCAGACCCGGGACGGCAUCGCCUUACCAUCAGAGCAGUGCAGCGCCCUCCCCAGGCCUGUGAGCUCUCAGAACUGCUGGUCAGAGGCCUGCAGUGUGCACUGGAGGGUCAGCCUGUGGACCUUGUGCACAGCGACCUGUGGCAACUAUGGCUUCCAGUCCCGGCGGGUAGAGUGUGUGCAUGCCCACACCAAUAAGGCUGUGUCUGACCACCUGUGCUCCUGGGGCACCCGGCCUGCCAACUGGCAGCGCUGCAACGUCACCCCAUGUGAAAACAGGGAGUGCAGGGACACCACCAGGUACUGCGAGAAGGUGAAACAGCUGAAGCUCUGCCAGCUCAGCCAGUUCCAGCUGCGCUGCUGUGGAACUUGCGGCCAAGUGUGAAGAUGGCGCGGCGGCCGCCCGGCUCUGCCCUGCCCCACACGGGACUCAGCAGCCGCCUGCCUUGGACAGAACUUCCUGUUUCUCUGCCCUUCCCAUCUCUCUCCUGAGGGCUCAGCACCUGUUCUUCCCAGGAGCUGGAGGACAGAGCACGGGAAGGCAGAGGGCUGGCGUGGGAGGGCUGCAGGGCAGAAGUAGCAGCUCCCUGACAAAGCCAGCUUCCUCCCAACCCAGGUCUCUGGAAGGGCGGCCCAGGACGAGGGAGCCAUGGCUCCAGGGACCCAGGAGGCUUGAGGGCUUUGAAAGCACUGGUGCAGACCACUGGUGCAGCUGUGUCUUUCCGGAAGCAUGCUGCUAACACAGGGGGGUUGUUCCUCUGCCACCGCUGCUGCUUCCUCAGGGGCAAUGAGGACAAGGGGCUCCCCGCUGAGGCAGAAACUGGCCCGGAACUCGGCUCUUGAGGGGGGCUGGGGACCACAGAGAAUGCAAACACGGAUCUGUAGUGGUGGAGGAGGAGACGAUCAGAGUAGGCCCGAGGCACACAGUGAUGCAGAAAGGGAAGGGACAGAAAGGAAGGGAAGCCUGUGCGUGUUCCUCAGUGAGGAGGAGCACACGGGCAGAGGUACUUCCAGGCGGUGCAGGGGUCUCAGGAGACACUCUGAGCCCUGGGGCACACAGUGCACCUCGGUGGGUUCAGGGGAGGAUUGGGGGUGUUUAGAGCUCUGCUUCCCCUUUCAAAGUAUCCAUCAGCUGGGGAGGAGACAUGCCCCCUCCUGGGAUAGGGAGAGUGUCUGCUCUCCACACAGGAAGCUUUCUGCCUGUGCAGCUAUGGCAACAUUAGCAGGAGGUCAGCAUCCAGCUGUGCAGCAAGGCUACUCCUUGUAGCCAGGACCCCCCCCCCCACCUCGCCCUGAACUAACUGCUGCUGUUGGCCAGGGGCACUCUGAACAUGCAUAGGCCAGACUUCUCUGUCUGGCCUUUGCUGGGGACUGGGGUCUGUUGGUCAAAACCAUUAAUCAAUUUGCCAGAGAAUACCUAUGGGUUUGAAGCAACUACUUCCUCCCAGAGCUGACCAGUGGGACAGUGGGGUGGGACACUCCCUGGAUUUGUUCAUGCCCAUGGCACACCCUAGGGUCUGAGGCCUCUCCAGGAGCACUGUGAGAGCUGCUGUCCACAGUAUUUAUGCAGCAGGCGAGGGUGGGAUGAGGAGGAGCCAAGGCCAGGGGUCAGUCCUCACAGGCUUUCCAUCCCACCCUCCCACAAAUGAAAUACUGCAAACCUUAUGUUGAUUAACCGACCACAGUUGUGCUGGUUCAGCUCCUCAGCAGGCAGAGCAGCAUGCACACUCUGCAGCACCCCAGCUUUGACGAGACGCUACAGCAAAGGCAAGAGCCCAAAUACACACUGGGGGGCUGUGUGGCAACUCAUUCAGAUGACAGUAGCUGCAGGCAAGAACUUUUACCUCAUCCCUGAGUGGCCCCAGUUUAGUAGGGGGCAGCCAGAGUCAUAUAACCCUGUGAUAAGCCACCCUCACAUGCACACUUAUGAAAUGACACUCACCCAAGGCCACCACUGACAUCAGGGCUGCAUUUUCCAUCCAGCCUAGAAGUAAAAUUUGGGAGGAAGAUAAUAUUAAUCUGUAUCUUUUCUAGGUGAGUAAUGGAUAGAGUGGGGCUUUCUUCCUCACCACAAAAAUAGGCUCUAAGAAAUCAUGUUACUAAAAAUCAGUGUAAUGUUUAUUUAAAAUAAAAGAGAAUGUUUUCUAUGUA